GCCGUCACUUGCUCACACUCACGGUGGAGCAAAAACUCACAGUGGAGCACUGGAGCAGCAGAACUGAGCGAGCGAGUGAGAUCGAGAGGGAGGGAGAGCGGAGAGCAUGGGCUCAAUGGCGACCAGCGUAGAGGAGAUCGGUGCGGCGGUGGCGCCACAGGCGGUGGAGCGCCGCCUGGGCGAGCUGCGGGCGACCUUCGAGAGCGGCAGGACCCGGCCCCUGUCGUGGCGGCAGUCCCAGCUGCGUGGCCUCCUCCGGCUCCUCGCCGACAAGGAGGAGGAGGCGUUCCGCGCGCUCCACGACGACCUCGGCAAGCACCGCGCCGAGGCCUACAGAGACGAGGUAGGCGUGCUCACCAAGUCGGCCAACGCCGCGCUGCGGGAGAUCGGGAAAUGGGCGGCGCCGGAGAAGGUCUGGGUGCCGCUGGUGGCGUUCCCGGCGAGCGCGCAGGUGGUGCCGGAGCCGCUCGGGGUCGUCCUCAUCUUCUCCUGCUGGAACUUCCCCCUGGGUCUGUCUCUGGAGCCGCUGAUCGGGGCCAUAGCGGCCGGGAACGCCGUGGCGCUGAAGCCGUCGGAGCUGGCGCCGGCCACGGCCAGGUUCCUGGAGGAGAACAUAGGCGAGUACCUGGACGCCACGGCGGUGAAGGUCAUCCAGGGCGGCCCCGCGGUGGGGGAGCAGCUCAUGGAGCACAGAUGGGACAAGGUCCUCUUCACCGGGUGCCCGCGCGUGGCGCGCGUGGUGAUGGCGGCGGCGGCGAAGCACCUGACGCCCGUGGCGCUGGAGCUGGGCGGGAAGUGCCCCUGCAUCUUCGACGCCGUCGCCGGCAGGAGGAACCUCCAGACCUCGGUGAACCGCGUGAUCUUCGCCAAGUGGUCGUCCUGCGCCGGCCAGGCCUGCAUCGCCAUCGACUACGUGCUCGUCGAGGAGCGAUUCGCGCCCACCCUGAUCAAGGUGCUCAAGUCGACGCUGAAGAGGUUCAUCGCCGACUCGGACCAGAUGGCGCGGAUCGUCAACGGGCGGCAUUUCCAGCGGCUGAGUAACCUCCUCAAGGACCCGGCGGUGGCGGCAUCCGUCCUGCACGGCGGCGGCUUGGACGCCAAGAACCUGUCCAUCGAGCCGACAAUACUGCUGAACCCGCCGCUGGACUCCGCGAUCAUGACCGAGGAGAUCUUCGGCCCUCUGCUCCCCAUCAUCACGGUGAAGAAGAUCGAGGACAGCAUCGCGUUCGUGAGGGCGCGGCCGAAGCCGCUGGCCGUGUACGCCUUCACCGACAGCGCGCCGCUGAAGCGCCGGAUCGUGGAGGAGACGUCGUCGGGGAGCGUCACCUUCAACGACGCCGUCGUACAGUUCGGGGUGGACACGCUGCCGUUCGGCGGCGUGGGGCAGAGCGGGUUCGGGCAGUACCACGGCAAGUACUCCUUCGAGAUGUUCAGCCACAAGAAGGCGGUGCUGCGGCGGGGAUUCCUGGUGGAGGCCAUGCUGAGGUACCCGCCGUGGGACGAGCAGAAGAUCGCCAUGAUGCGCCACCUCUUCCGCUACGACUACGUCCGCUUCAUCUUCACCUUCCUCGGCCUGCGGAGAUGAAUACGGCCAUGCCCAGGAAAUUAAUUAAUUAUUAUUUGAUGAGCGAGUGGAUGAACAAGUACAUGAAUAAUAAACAUACCACGUUAGUUUGUACUACUAGGAUUGCGUAGCAGGUUUGCACUUGGUACUUGCUAGUGUGCCAAUAAUAGAAGAAGAAUGUUCUUUUUGCA